CGUCGAUAUAGUCAAAAUGGACACCGUAGCGAAGACGCACGAAGAUAUAGAAGCGCAGAUACGCGAAAUUCAAGAGAGGAAGAAAGGGAUUUCGGAAGGAGGACCCGAAGCAGAUCGCAUUGGCUUGGGAGAAGCUGGUUACUUCGAUAAGGAUAUCUACGGUGGUAAAGGGAAAUUUGAAGGAUAUGUCACUUCCAUUGCUGCGAAUGAGGAGCAGGACGAUGACGAGUAUGAACCACCUGCUCAGCGUGAGAACAAGAGAACCAGUUACACAGCCCCACUGGCACUGCUAAACGACAUUCCCCAGGCUGACAAGGAUUAUGAUCCAUUUGCGGAGCACAAGAGACCCACCAUUGCUGAUAGGGAGGAUGAAUACAAGCAGAAGAGAAGGCGCCUCGUCAUCUCACCGGAACGUGUGGACCCUUUUGCAGAUGUCCACCGUGUGAACUCCAAGAGCCAAUCUCUGCUGCCCUCAGGCUGCUUCACGCCCUGAUUUCUCCACCAUUUUGCAGUUUUAAGAUUUUGAUGGCAGUUCUUAACUGUUCACUUUGUUUGCUCUUUUAGAUCUCUUAGCAUUACAUCGUAAAAUGUGGUCGCGAAGAGGGGCAAGCUGGCCGGACGGAACGGUAAGGUCGUGAAUAGAUUGAGAUGGAAACAGUGGCCUGGAAUGAAUGCUUGAAUGAGUGGGUGUGUGAGUGUGGUUAUCUUGGUAUUAAUGUCACAAGCCUUAUUUCAGGUUCUCACUGCUCCUUCUGCGACGUGUUUUAUGUAAAAAAAGGCGAUGGUGAAGAGUCAAGGUCGAGGAGACACGUGGGAAGACUCCUGACAUCAACUCAAGAACUUAUGCAGCCAUCCUAAAAGAACAGUCUCUCAAAGCAGAAGAGCAUGAGCUUCGUAAGAGACUCGUGGAGAAAACAAAAGAUGGGACACUGAAAACCCAAACUGUUUCCAACGGGGAUGUCCCUCGCCAAGCACCCCGGAAACGAGCCCGCUGGGACGUGACAACUGAAGAAGGCACGCCUACUGUGGCUGUCAAGCAAAAGAAAAGCGCCAAUUGGGAUGCUGAAACUCCAGGACAUGUCCAUGCACAUUGGGAGGAAACACCAGGGCAUGCCCGUUCUGGUGCAGGAGGGGAGACUCCAGGUGGGGCAGCCACUCCAUCAUCCACCCGCUUGUGGGAUGCCACUCCUGGUCAUGCCACUCCAGGUCAUGAGAAGGCCACACCCUCUGCUCGCAGAAACCGUUGGGAUGAGACGCCAAAGACUGAACGAGAAACACCUGGUCAUGGCAGUGGAUGGGCUGAGACACCAAGGACAGAUCGAACAGGUGCAGCUGGAGAUCUGAUCCAGGAAACCCCAACUCCAUCAGCCAGUAAGAGGCGUUCCCGCUGGGAUGAAACUCCUGGUACUGUUGGUGGAACUAGUGUGGCAACACCAACACCUGUGGGUGCUGCCACCCCUCAGACACCUGGGACGCCUAUGACACCCGUGACCCCAGGCAUGAUGACACCUUCGGGUGUAACCCCAACUGGACACAAGGCCAUGGCAAUGGCUACUCCAACUCCUGGGCACAUGAUGGCUAUGACCCCAGAGCAGCUUCAAGCCUGGCGUUGGGAGAAAGAAAUUGAUGAGAGGAAUCGACCUCUCUCUGAUGAUGAUUUGGAAUCUAUGUUUCCACCUGGAUACAAGGUUCUUCAGCCCCCUGCUGGUUAUGUGCCAAUUCGAACCCCUGCAAGGAAGUUGACUGCCACACCAACACCCAUGAGCACUACCACAGGUUUCUACAUUCAGACAGAAGACAAACAGACCAAGUUUGUGGACCUCCAGCCUAAGGGAAAUCUUCCACUACUGAAGCCAGAGGAUGCACAAUAUUUUGACAAACUUCUGGUGGAUGUUGAUGAAGAGAGCCUUCCGCCAGAGGAACAGAAAGAGCGUAAGAUCAUGAAGCUGCUUUUGAAGAUCAAGAACGGGACACCACCAAUGCGAAAGGCUGCACUCCGUCAAGUCACUGAUAAGGCUAGAGAGUUUGGUGCUGGCCCACUCUUCAAUCAGAUCCUCCCACUUCUCAUGUCUCCUACUUUGGAGGACCAGGAACGACACUUGCUCGUCAAAGUCAUAGAUCGGGUUUUGUACAAGCUUGAUGAUCUUGUCAGACCCUACGUUCACAAGAUCUUGGUGGUUAUUGAGCCGCUGCUGAUUGAUGAAGACUAUUAUGCCCGUGUGGAAGGGAGAGAAAUCAUCUCCAAUCUGGCCAAGGCUGCUGGUCUUGCCACCAUGAUCUCAACCAUGAGACCUGAUAUUGAUAACAUUGAUGAGUACGUGCGUAACACAACGGCUCGUGCUUUUGCCGUGGUUGCUUCUGCCUUGGGGAUCCCGUCUCUCCUGCCCUUCCUGAAGGCUGUUUGCAGAUCUAAGAAGAGCUGGCAGGCACGACAUACAGGAAUAAAAAUUGUGCAGCAAAUUGCCAUCUUGAUGGGCUGUGCUAUCCUCCCUCAUCUUCGGUCAUUGGUGGAAAUCAUCGAGCAUGGUUUGGUGGAUGAGCAGCAGAAGGUUCGAACCAUAACUGCCUUGGCACUUGCCGCCUUGGCCGAGGCUGCCACUCCGUAUGGCAUUGAAAGCUUUGACUCAGUCCUCAAGCCACUCUGGAAGGGUAUUAGAACGCAUCGAGGAAAGGGUUUGGCUGCUUUCCUCAAGGCCAUUGGUUACCUUAUUCCUUUGAUGGAUGCUGAGUAUGCCAAUUACUACACAAGGGAAGUGAUGAUCAUCCUCAUUCGAGAGUUUCAGUCGCCCGAUGAGGAAAUGAAGAAGAUUGUCCUAAAGGUGGUGAAGCAGUGCUGUGCCACUGAUGGUGUGGAAUCCCAAUAUAUCAAGGAUGAGAUCCUGCCUCCAUUCUUUAAACACUUCUGGAAUCAUCGUAUGGCUUUGGAUCGUCGCAAUUACCGCCAGCUUGUAGAUACAACAGUAGAGAUUGCCAACAAGACUGGGGCAUGUGAGAUUGUUACUCGUAUCGUGGAUGAUCUGAAGGAUGAGAAUGAAGCUUACAGAAAGAUGGUAAUGGAGACACUGGAAAAGGUGCUGACAAAUCUUGGAGCUUCAGAUAUUGAUUCAAGGCUUGAGGAACAGCUCAUUGAUGGUAUCCUGUAUGCCUUCCAAGAACAGACAACAGAGGAUGUGGUAAUGCUGAAUGGUUUUGGAGCUAUUGUGAAUGCACUAGGGAAGCGAGUGAAGCCAUAUCUACCACAAAUUUGCGGCACCAUCCUGUGGCGAUUGAACAAUAAAUCAGCUAAGGUGCGACAGCAGGCUGCUGAUCUCAUCUCCAGGACUGCUGUCGUCAUGAAAACUUGCCAGGAGGAAAAAUUGAUGGGUCACUUGGGAGUGGUACUGUAUGAAUACCUGGGGGAGGAAUAUCCAGAAGUUUUGGGAAGCAUUCUGGGAGCCCUGAAGGCCAUUGUGAAUGUGAUUGGAAUGCACAAGAUGACUCCUCCCAUCAAAGAUCUUCUACCUCGACUCACACCCAUUCUCAAAAAUCGUCAUGAGAAGGCAAAUAUCUUGCUCAUUUUUCAGGUUCAAGAAAACUGUAUCGAUCUUGUGGGUCGCAUAGCAGAUCGUGGAGCCGAGUAUGUGUCAGCCAGGGAAUGGAUGAGAAUUUGUUUUGAGCUCUUGGAAUUACUAAAGGCUCACAAGAAAGCCAUUAGGCGUGCAGCAGUCAACACAUUUGGCUACAUAGCCAAGGCCAUUGGCCCUCAUGAUGUACUGGCAACACUGUUGAACAACCUGCGGGUGCAGGAACGUCAAAACCGUGUGUGCACCACCGUAGCUAUUGCUAUUGUCUCUGAGACCUGUUCCCCAUUCACGGUCCUUCCUGGUCUGAUGAACGAGUAUCGUGUCCCUGAACUCAAUGUUCAGAAUGGCGUUCUCAAGUCCUUGUCUUUCAUGUUUGAGUACAUCGGAGAAAUGGGGAAAGACUACAUUUAUGCUGUGACACCUCUCCUUGAGGAUGCCCUCAUGGACAGAGACCUGGUGCACAGGCAGACUGCUUGUGCAGCCAUCAAGCACAUGGCAUUAGGAGUAUAUGGUUUUGGCUGUGAAGAUGCUCUUGUUCAUCUCCUGAAUCAUGUGUGGCCUAAUAUCUUUGAGACUUCACCUCACCUAGUCCAAGCUUUCUUUGACUGCGCAGAUGGUCUCCGAGUCGCUCUGGGGCCCCAGAGGAUGCUACAGUAUUCACUCCAGGGGCUUUUCCACCCGGCACGGAAGGUGCGGGAGGUGUACUGGAAAGUGUACAACACACUCUACGUGGGAGGGCAAGAUGCACUAGUUCCGGGGUUUCCACGCGUCCCCAACGACCCCAAGAACCAAUAUGUCCGAUAUGAGAUGGACUACAUCCUUUGAAGGAGAAUGCAUCUGCAAAUGGAGUUUUUCUCUGCCUCUUUAUUCUUAUCUGUGUAUGAAAUCCUGAAUUUGUAUGAACAUUUCUGUGAACAUAGUGAUUGGAAUUCAGAGCAUGUGAAAAGGAGAGAAAAUAUGGCAAGGACACUUUGUGAAGAAGAGAACAACAUGUGACACACAAUUGAGGUUUGUUUUCUGCGCCAUCGUUGCAGGAUGAGUUAGUUAUGUCAUUUUGCCUUUGAAUAAAGUGGUGUGAUGGAAA